AUGUUAUUUCGAUCUGUCAAAAUUCUUGGAGAUACGAUCGAUCAUAGUGAUGAAUUAGCAUCAAUAGUUUUGAUUUCGAUCUCGUUAACGUUUUCUUCAACUAAACGUGCACUUGAUACAAUGAACUUUGGUUUAAUUAGUGGUCGUCCAUCACGCAUCAUGUGGUCUCAACGUNGUAAAAUUCUCAAUAUCAUGAGAAAUGAAAGUGGUGAAUCGUGUGGCUUUGGUUUCAUUCAUUUCGAAACACAAGAAGCAGCAGAUACGGCUAUUAAUAAAAUGAAUGGUACGUUCUUAGUUUAUAAAAAAGUAUAUGUUGCUCGUUUCCAGUCAUGUGAUUCACGUCCAGAUAGCCCGUGCAAAUUCACCAAUGUAUUCAUAAAAAAUUUCGGGGAUGAAUUAGAUGAAACACAAUUAUAUGAACUUUUUUCAAAACAAGGAGAAAUCAGAAGUUUUAAAGUAAACUAA